CUUGUAGACAAUGAGUCUUUUAUUUACUUCCUUUAAGUUCGUACAGCCAUAUCAUAUUUAAGUUAUCCUCCAGAGCACUCCUUCUUCCUCUGAUCUUUGAAUUUCAUGGAAUUCUACCAUACAUAUGGCUUUGUUUUGUGAUACAGUGAUCGUACAUUUUUAUUUCUGUUGAAGACACUGAGAAGGAUCUUAUGUAAACUGUACUGCCUCUGAGCACAUUUGUCAUUGUGUACAUAUAUUAUGUCUAGAUUGCAGAUAGAGGAUUUUCAUAUUUAUAAUUUAUUUGUACGGAAUUUUUCUAAUGAUACCAUAAAACAAGAUUGAACUAACUCUAAAAGAAAUCAUGGAUGACAAAUCUUGGGUUGUUUCUCGUGUGGAUUAUUUAAAACAGGAAAAUAUAAAUGAAGUGAAUUUAUUUGGACUACAAAAUGUUAUUGUAUGGUGUGUCAGUCAUCAAAUUAUUAGACAAGAGGAAACAAGAAAUCGAGAAGAUCUAAGUAUCAUCCAGGCAGAUGAUGAACAGCUGAAAAAAGAACUCUUCACAGAGAAAUUUACUAUUCUGAGUGGCCGAGACAGGAAUGGUGCUGCCAUUGCUUUGUUUACAGCCCGGGUCCAUCAGCCUAGCCUUACCACCCACCAGUUGGUCCUGAAGGCCCUGGUCUAUCAGCUCGAUGCUGCUUUAGAAAGCAUCGAAACUCAGAGAAAUGGAUUGGUAUUUAUAUAUGACAUGACAGAUUCCAAGUACUCCAAUUUUGAUUAUGAACUCAGCAAAAAAAUCCUAAACAUGCUAAAGGGUGGCUAUCCAGCUAGACUCAAGAAAGUCCUCAUUGUAACAGCUCCAUUGUGGUUUAAGGCACCUUUUAAAAUUCUCCGACUUUUUGUGCGGGAAAAAUUACGAGACAGGGUCUAUACCAUAAACUUGUCCCAGCUUACACAGCAUAUACCUCAAGAAGCCCUGCCCCGGCAGUUGGGGGGCAUGUCUACCAGCCAGCACAAAACAUGGCUAAAGCUGUGCUCCCAGUUAGCCCUUAAAGAGGAGCCCGAUAUGAACUCUUAUUUUGUGUCAUUCAAAAGAAACACAGUGGAAGACGGACAGGAUUGUAGUUAUCGCAGUGUGUCGAGUGACAUGUCAGAUCAUAACUUACACCACAGUGACAUCGAUUCCGAGGAGUCUAAAGAAACUGUGAAUGAGAAACAGAACAAUGAAGACCUAGAGAAAGAGGAUUCCAGUGAUGAAAAAGAGGUCAAUGAGGAGAAAGACGAUUGGUUGAAUUCUGCCCCAUCCAAACGGAGGCUUGAUUCUGUGAGUGAAAAUGACUCAGUAAAGAGAGCAGCUCAGGAGAACAAUGCGGAGAUUGAGUUUGAGGAGAAAUCCAUCGACAGUCCUAGUAAGAAGCGGCCCUCCUCCUCCACCUCCUCAAUGUCCAACAGUACGGCGGAGGACAGCAUACACAUGCCAGAGGAAGACGGCAUGGACCUGGACCAAUUAGUAGAAUACACUCGUACCAUGAGGAGGCAUGGCCUUAUGGAAGAGUAUGCCAGUAUUAAAAUGGAGCCUCCAGCAGGAACAUUCACUUUAUCAAAAGCAAAGCACAAUCUUCCAAAAAACCGCUACUCUGAUGUUUUAUGUUUGGACCACUCUCGAGUAGUACUCAGGGUACUGAAUAAUGAUCCCACCUCGGACUACAUUAAUGCUAACUUUGUGGAUGGUUAUAUGCACAAAAAUGCCUACAUAUCAACUCAAGGUCCAUUACCAAAGACCUUUGGAGAUUUUUGGAGGAUGGUAUGGGAAAAUCAGGUCAUGGUCAUUGUUAUGACUACAAGGGCUGUGGAGCGAGGGCGGGCUAAGUGUGGACAGUACUGGCCGCCAGACGAAGACGGGGAGGAACAGUUUGAUGAUUACCUCGUAAUUAACACACGUAUGGAGGUGUACCAGGACUACAAUAUCUCCUGGCUUUUCCUGCUUAAUACAAAGACAAAUGAGUCUCGGCAGAUUUACCACCUACAGUUCACGUCUUGGCCUGACUACGGGACCCCCAGCUCAGCUGCAGCGUUCCUGGAUUUUCUGUUCAAAGUGCGAGCCUGCCAGGAGGAGGCGGUCAGCUCUCUGGGGUCCAGCUGGCAGGGCCACCCCCUGGGUCCCCCAAUCGUAGUCCACUGUAGUGCUGGCAUUGGGAGAACAGGCACAUUCAUCACAACUGAUGUCAGUCUCCGCAGACUUGAACAUAUACAAACAGUGAACAUAAGAGACACGGUCCGUCGCAUCCGGUCACAGCGAGCCUUUAGUAUACAAAUGCCUGACCAGUAUGUGUUUUGUCACUUCGCCAUCAUUGAACAUGGCAUGCGGGAGGGCGUUGUGGGAGACGUGGAUUGGACUGGAUUUGAUGAUAGUGAUAGUGACCUGAGUGAUUGAGGGCAUUUCCAAUCAUGUGACACUUCAGAUGGCAUGUCAUGUGAUAUCUCAUGUGAUUUGACAUUUCAUUUGGUUUAUCAUGUGAUGCCAUAUGGUGUAGAUUUGUUAAUAUUUUCUCAGUUUUAAGUGAUUAAUGUACAGUGUAUUUAUGUUAUUUUUUAUUAAUUUACUUGGUAUUUUUUUGUAGUACAUGUACUUUUGUUACUUUUGUAUAGCAGUGGAAAAAAAGAUUGUUAUUUUUGUAUGAAAUCUUUUUUUGGGUAGCUCAUUGUUGUUUUCAAAAAUCAAUUGCUAGUCCUUCAGUGGAAACAACCAUUGGAUAUAAUCAUUUACGUAUAUGUGUCUUUAAUUUAUAUAAUGAUGAAAUUAAUUUAUAAGUACAUCAUCAUUUUGUCCACAUUUUAAAGGUGCCAAUUUUCUUUCAUAAAUCAAUGUUUGUCAACUAAGUUGACAUUUUCCUAGAUCUGAGGGUUCAGCUUUAUAGUGUUAAUACCGCUACAUGGUAUGUAACACUUUAAAUACACUGUAUUACAGUGUAUAAUUUUGGAUAUCUCGGCUACAUCUUAAGCUUUUCAUCAGUAAAUGUUAAUUUUGUAUGAUAGAAGUGUGAAAAAAUUAACAAAGAAAAAAACUUUAAAAUCAAACACUCAUUUUGUUGAAUUUUUCUUGUUGGGGGUGGGGGGUUGAAUAAAUAGACUAAUUCACAAUGUCUGGUAUUGUGAAUUUACUAUUGUAAAAGUUAUUUUUCUAUGUUUGCAAAGGCUGUGAUUUUUUUGCAAUAUUCAGCUGUUAAAUAAAAGCUUUCCAUUCUCCUUUAAAAGCCUCAAUAUUGGACAAUUAGAAAAAUAUAUUAUCUAUAUUUACUAAAACAUGAUGUACAUGUACAUUUUAUAAACCUUUAUUUGUCAUGCUAAAAGAAUACUUUUAUUAAAUCUUAAAUUUUCAAAUCAAUUUGAUUUUCUCUGCAUUGUAAGUUAAACAUAAUUUUCUCUAAAACAGUAUUACCAAGCACUUUGCCAGCCAAAAACUAUACCAUGGUGGAAAUGCCUAGUACAGUCAAACUUUGUUAAUUUGAAUGCUUGUGUUCCCAAGAAAAUCAUUUAGCCCAGGACAUUGUAUAAUUGCUAGACAUAAAUGUUUAAUUUUUUUUCUCCAAAUGACGGGAAGGUUAAGCAUCCAGAUAUUUAGUGACCCAGAUGAACAAGGCUUCGCUGUAAUUACUUUUUGUAUUCAACAUUUAUGUCAGGUAUAUACAUACAACUAGGUAAAUAGAUUGAUUACAGUUUUCCAUUAAUUCUUGAAUAUCUCCUUGAGUUUCAUGCAUUUCUGUGCAAGACUGAUUGUAUUUCUUUAAGAGAUAAAAAAAAUUAUGCAAUCUUUUUGAUUAUACCAGGUACUAGCAUGAAUUGAUUCAUCAAAAUAUUAGGGGAUAAUCAGGUCUGGCAUUUCAUUUCCAAGCAUCUGCUUGACUUUUAUAUCCCCCCCCCCUCCAAAAAAAAAUGCAUGUCAUGCUCAGGCAUGCUGGUUGAUUGCUUUUUUGGUACUAAAUUGUAUAUAGAGAAUUUAUUAACAUAGAAGAACUGUUUUGAAAUUAUACCACCUUCACACCGAUGCUCAUAUCAGUUUGAAGUAAAAUAUAUAGCAGAAUUUAAUAAUGUAAUUACACCUAUUUUAUUAAAAUAUAUAUUAGUGUAUAUAUCAAUUUAAUAACACUUUCCUGUGAAAUCCACUUACUGUAAUAACAUAUUAAUAACAUAUUACAUAUUAAUUUUUUCAUUUAAUAAACACUCGAGAAAUAAAUGUCAUGUACAGGACACCAGGAGGAUAUAGUUUGGCUUCAGAAGAAGGGUUUAUUAGUAGUCAAGAUAAAACUGUUCAGAAAAUCUGAAAAUAAAGAAUUUACUUAAAGACAAUCAGGUAUGAUGUGUACUAACUAAGGAAAAAUAAUUUUUAUGAAAGUUUCUUUUAAUGUACAGAAAAAUCAUUUUGUUCACUAAGAAUAUGAGAUGUUAUUAAAUUAUAAUAUUUUUAUGUUUUUUAAAGAAACUGAUGAUUUUUUUUCAUUCUGUACUUUUUAGAUUAAUGCAUUUAAACAAAGAAUCAAAUAUCAAAUUUAUAAUCUCCCUUUCAUAUAUUAUUGUGAUAUUCAAAUACAAAAAUGCUGAUUUUUUUUAUGUAAUAAAAGAUCAAUAAUUAAAUGUAUGCACACUGUAUAAAAUGUUUACAUUUAAGUUAUUUGGGGUUUUUUCUCCAUAUGCAUGUCAAGCCUCUAGACUUAAAAACAAUGGAAAACAGUAAUUGCAAUAGGGUACCAACAAAACUAGUAAACUAGUUCAUCUUAACCUCUCUUUUCUCUAUAUGCUAUUUUAUCAAGAUUUCAAUUUCUCUGUCCAGUUUUAAUGAUAAUUAAAAUAUUUCAUCAUUGAUUCUCAAACAUGGAUUUUUAUAAUUGUACUAAAGGAUGAUAUACUUCUUCAGAAAUGUUCAAUGAAUAUUUUGAUAUACCUGCAUGUAUAUGAAUAUUUUCUUUUAAGUGUGUAUUGGUUUCAUUAAGAAAGCAAGACUUGGCAUUAACAUUGUAACCCAGUUGGGUGCUGAAUGUAACUGUGCAUGAACCUAGAGGAAAUUGAAUUUACAUUCCAGCUGUUUUCAAUUAAUCUGUAUAAAUUAUGGUUUAAUGAUUUUGGUUAAAUAAUAUGAAACACAUUCAAAAGUAAAACACAGCUUUUCAAUUUUUUCAAGUAUGUUUUCCCCAAAGCUUUUUUUAAAAAUUACUAUUGAAAAAAUAUACUUCCAAAAUUUGGUCAGGAAUGUCUUUUUAAGUAUGAUGCAAAAACUGUAAUAAUACAUUUUCUUUAUAUUAAUGAAAAAAUGAAGCCAUGCAUUUUUAACUCAUUGACAGUGAUCUAAAUUAACACUUUACAAAUUUAAUUUUUUUAAAUUAAUUUUCAGAAGUGAAGUUAGAAAUGGGCCAGUAGAUCAUGUUGUGUUGUUAUUGUUGUGGUGUCUUAAUUCCUAUGACUGUGCGUUAUUAUUAAUCACCAUGUCUAUCAAUAUUGUCAUUUCAUGAUACAUGUAAAAGAAUAAAGUUAUAAAAUACACA